AUGACAGCAGCUGAGCACUUGCUUUGUCAAAUUCGGCCUCACGUCGGCGCGAUAGCGGCCACUCCGCAGGCCAUGGCGCAGGAAUGGCGCAGCAUUGCCCCCGACCAGCAGCAACAGCUAACUCUGGCUCCGUGCGCCGCAACGACUCCGGCUCGGACCCGAUCGACUGCUAAAAUGCUGCCGCGCUUUGACCCGGGCGUCAUGGAGACGUACCUGGACGACAUGCGCGAAAUGAAGGCAAGGGUCCACGAACUCUUUCGACAACAUCCGGACCUCCUUCCCAACGUGGAGGAGGGCCUUUCCAAGGAGGAGCACCGUGCUUUGGUUCGUCGCUCGCUUAAGGUCAUUUUGCAGGCCGGCUACAGUCCCCUGGACCUGCUUGCACGCGACCCCCGCAAGUACUUUUACCUGGGCGAGUGCCUCUCCAUGGUGGACCUGUCCCUGAUGGUCAAGAGCGGUGUGCAGUACAGCCUUUGGGGCGGCUCAGUUCUUAACUUGGGUAGCGAGGCGCACCGGCGCCGGUACUUCGACGACAUUGCGCAGUUUCGUUUGCCGGGUUGCUUCGCGAUGACGGAACUGAAACACGGCAGCAAUGUCGCGGCUCUCCAAACGGAGGCCGUGUUGGACGUGUUGACGGACGAGUGGGUCGUCCACACCCCGGACGAGGGAGCCAUCAAGUGGUGGAUCGGGAACGCGGCGGAGGAUGGCCGGGCGGCCACGGUGUUUGCCAGGCUCAAGGUGCCCGACCCGAACGGGGGCUCCAAGCUUGUGGAUCACGGCGUGCAUGCCUUUGUCGUACCGUUACGAGAUGAGAGCGGCAACUUGCUGCCUGGCGUCGAGAUCCGCGAUUGCGGCUACAAGGUGGGCCUCAACGGUAUCGACAACGGCGCCAUUCGCUUUACCCACGUCCGGGUGCCGCGGGGUAACCUGCUGGACCGGUUUGCGUCUGUGGAUAAGAGCGGCAGGUACAGCAGCCCGCUGACCAGCCAGGCUAGGAGGUUCGCAGCGACGUUGGGCGAACUGACUGGGGGCCGAGUGGGGCUGACGGCCGGCAGUGUGGGGGUCCUUAAGGGCGCGGUGACCAUUGCGGUCCGUUACGCGGCUCUCCGUCAGCAAUUCGGCCCCCCGGACUCCCCGGAGGUUGCCGUACUCGACUACCAGUCCACCCAGGUUAGGUUGAUGCCGCUGGUGGCGACCGCGUACGGCCUCCACUUCGCCAAGUGCCUGUUGGUGGAGAAGUACGUGGACAUGAAGAGAACCCGAGAGCCCAAGUUGGUGGAGGAGGCUGCGCUAUCGACGUGUCGGGAGGUGUGCGGCGGUCACGGCUACGCGGCCGUUAACCGGCUGGGGGCGCUGCGGUCCGAUCACGACAUCUUCCAGACGUUCGAGGGCGACAACACCGUCCUCUUGCAGCAGGUCUCCGCCAUGUUGUUGAAGGAGUACCGUCAGCAGUUCUCCGGCGCCCCCCUCACCGCCACCUACCACUACCUGCGCGCGGCCCUGCUGGGGGCGCUGCCCAACAACCCGCUGGUCACACACGACACGGAGCCGCGGCACCUGAGGGACCCCGCCUUCCUCUCCAAGGCGCUGGAGUACAGGACUGCGCGCAUGCUGUUCACGUUGAGCCUCCGCCUCCGGAAGCACGGCCCCCGUCUGGGCGCCUUCCACGCCUGGAACAAGUGCCUCAGCCACGUGCUUGACCUCGCCAACGCCUACGUAGAGAGCGUAGUGUACAAGGGCGCACCGGUAGUUGGUUCCCUGCAUCUUACAUAG